AUGGCAGAUCCCCAAAUGAUAGGCUGUGGACCACUGACUGUCAAGUAUCUCGUCUUUUCCUUUAACCUGAUUUUCUGCCUGUCAGGAUACCUGCUGAUAGCAAUCGGUGGAGUUGCCCAGGGUUUCUUCCACCAGUACAUCCAGUUUUUUGAGGGCCAGUACGAAACCCCUGCCAUAGGUUUAAUUGUCCUCGGUGCUGUCAUCCUGGCUGUGUCUUUCUUCGGGUGCUGUGGGGCGAAGAGAGAGAGUGUCAUUAUGCUGUGGAUUUUCGUUGGUUUUUUGGCUGUGAUUCUGCUCUGCGAAAUUGCUGCUGUCAUCACCGUAGCUGUGUUGCGACGUGACGCCGAAAAGCUCGUGCAGGAGAACUUGAAUGAGACGAUGAGCCAUUACGAAGACCCGAAGGCUCUUCCCACGGUGGUUUGGAAUGAGAUGCAACACAAACUCAGAUGCUGCGGAGUGACGAGCUACCUCGACUGGGAGAGCACACCUUACGGGACCCGUGUCAGUGGUGUCCCUGACUCCUGCUGUGUCGUACAAACGCCUGGCUGCGGCCACUACGUCUUUGGGUCUGCGUCGGGUGGAAAUGUCUCCGUCGUCGUUCCGAACGUUCACUCGGGAGGGUGCUACCAAGCCCUUCAUGACGCCGCAGAGAGUAACAUAGGAGCUAUUGGUGGUGUGAUUGCCGGCUUGGCCCUUGUACAGGUCUUGGGGGUGUGCAUGUCCGCUUGCCUUAUCAAGUCUGCGAGGCAGCGCUACGAAAGUGUAGACUCGCAGAGGGUCACUGAGUGA